AAGCUACCAAACUCAAAGUCACAAUAUUUCCUUUGCCCUGAAAGUUAGCGAGUGUUUCCGAUCCGGUGUUUGUGCCAAAAUGUUCAAAGUUCUCGUGGUGUUGUGCGUGCUCGGCGCCGCUUUCGUCUACGCGGCCCCUGCCGAAGACAAAUACACGGACAAAUAUGACAACAUCAACGUCGACGAUAUUUUGGGCAGCAAAAGGCUCCUGAAGAGCUACCUCACCUGCUUACUCGACAAAAGCCCCUGCACUCCGGAAGGAAGUGAACUCAAACGUCUCCUCCCCGAUGCUCUGAAAACGGCCUGCUCAAAAUGCACUGAAAAGCAAAAGGAAGGCGCUGCAAGGAUCGUAGAACGGGUCACCGCAGAGUACCCGACCGAAUGGAAGGAGCUGAGUGCUAAGUGGGACCCCACCGGAGAAUACUGGGCCAAGUACAAGCCCCUCGUUCAAGAGUACCUCAAGGCAUCCGCCUAAUCCAUUCCAAUUCCAAUUUCAAACUACACAACGAGACCCUUUCCAAUCUGCUUUAGUUACCAGAAUGUUAAUUUUGCAAAUGAGCCAGCUACUCGACCCCAACUUAGUCAAGUUCGGAUUGCUUAGAGAAUGAAUAUACUAAAGUAGUCGAAUUCUUGGCUAACAAUUAUUUAGCGUAAGAUUAUUAGGCUGCCAUGGAAAUCAAGUAUUUCGAAAGAGUUUUAGUGAUUAAUAAUUUAUUUAUUUAUUUUAAAAAUUAUCAAGUUUAUUCCGUACGUGAUUGAAUAAAGUGAAUUUUUAGAUUUUUUUCAAGUUA